CAAAAUUUCUAGAAAAUAAAACGAAAAAACAGCCUCUGCUCUGGUAAGUGACAUAAAUAGUCUGUGCAAAUUCGGAUCAUACGGCUGCAGUUCUCUUUAUCAACUUUCAAAAGACCCCCUAAAUGGGUACUACUGUAAAGUACGAUUGGUAUCAGUCGGAUACGACCGUCACGGUUACGGUUCUGUUAAAAAAUGCGACAGAUAAACACUAUUUGGUCACGAUCGCCUCGAAUAGCCUCCGCAUGGUUGCAGAUGGAAUCGAGCCGAUCGUCAUCAAUCUGUGGGAUGCAGUCAACGUCGAAAACAGUUCGCACAAAGCAACUCCCAGCAAGGUUGAAAUAAAACUGGCAAAACUCAUCGGGCACCGCUGGGUGGCACUGGAGAAGCAGGAGGAAAUUGCUGCCGCCGAAUCACUGCCCAAAAAGUCGAACGAUUGGGACAAAAUUUCCAAGGACAUCGAAAAACAGGAAGCAGAGGAAAAACCUCAGGGGGAAGACGCUGUCCAGGAUUUAUUCAAGAAAAUUUACGCUGACGCCAACGAGGAUACCAAAAAAGCCAUGAUGAAAUCGUUCUACGAAUCUGGUGGAACUGUACUUAGCACAAACUGGGGAGAAGUCGGUUCAAAACCGGUGGAAGUUAAACCACCGGAUGGUUGUGAAUUCAAAAAGUGGAAGUAACUCGGAAAUCAUUUUCAUGUCAAAAUCAAACUAAUCUACAUUUAUCAUUUCGAAACCAACCUGUUUUUCAACUUUAUGCUUUCGAUUGUUUUUUGUGCCUGAAAUAAUACUUUUUUAUUAUUGCA